AUGAUACGGGAAGACUAUUCCUUGUCUUCUGUCUUAUCAGAUCACUGCCGUCUCCCAAGUGUGGUGGGAAUUUGCCGCGCUGCCUUCCCACGAUUUUAUUAUGAUGUCACAAAUCAGACCUGCAAGCAGUUCAUCUAUGGCGGCUGUGGAGGCAACGAUAACAACUUUAACUCCCAGGAGGAAUGUGAGGCUUCCUGUAGUGGGGUCACAGUUGCUGUGCCCGAGGAUUCUCAUUCCGUCUCUCAGCGCAGCAGAAUGUCUCAACCUGAAAACAACAUUGAUGUUGAACCUCUUCCUGAAAUGACAUCAGAGGAAUUCAAGGCAAAGUGUCUGGCUCCCGCACAGACCGGACUCUGCAGAGCCUCUAUUAGACGCUAUUACUACAACGAUGGCAUUUGUCAACCGUUCACCUUUGGAGGCUGUGGUGGAAACGAGAAUAAUUAUAAAACUGAAGAAUCAUGCAUGACCACCUGCACAGUGAAGGUCAUUCCCAGCAGCACGAAGGACCCUGUCGAUCCCAAUUCUCCUAAGAGCUUUGAAGAAACCUGUGCUGCGCCAUCCGACUCUGGCCCGUGCCGUGCAGCCUUCCAGAAGUUUUACUAUGAGCCCAGCACUCAGUCUUGUAAGCGCUUCAUCUAUGGAGGCUGCCAGGGAAACCUAAACCGCUACAGCAGUGAGGAAGAGUGCAUGGCAACUUGCUCCGGGAAAGACGGCCGUUUUGAUGGACGUACACGUAGCCGCUGGACUCCAGCCUUCUUCCUAGUGGCCACCCUGGCCAUCAUGUCUGCCCUACUUCUGGUAGGUUUGAUCCUGAUCGCAGUGCGCAGAAACUCCCAAACGAGUCUCUUCAUAUUGGACGAUAAGGAGGAGUUACUGCCUACAGAGGAGCAGGUGUCCUAUGAGAAGCUGCCCAAAGAAGUUUAGUGUCUGGUACGAAGAUCCAUCUCAUGACACUCCAACAUUGAGCUGAAUUAAAACUACUAAGUUACAUUAAAGUUCCAAGUUAAGAAUAAAGUUUUUGUUUCAUUAUUGUUUAAAUGAGAUAUUCUACACCAUUUUUUAACUGUAAAAGUGGGAUAUGUUGCACUAUGAUUUGGUGAGUUGGUUGAAAUACUCCUAUUACCUUCUUUGUCAUCUGUCACUUUUUAUGGUUAUAAUCCUACAUAGAGGUAAAUCAGCUUUCAGGGAUGUAUUUAUUGUCGCAAGCAACAAUAACGUCACUUGUAUGU